UUUUGGCGCGAAGGUGAGCACAGAGAAGCACAAGAGGAGACCGCGACGAGGAGCUCCCUGUUAUUUUUGGCGUUGUUUCGUUAUUUCUGGCAUCAUGGAAGGCUUCGACGACCCCGGCAUCUUCUUCUCGGACAACUUCGCCGGGGAGGACCAACAGGAGGAGGGCCAGCUCAACUUCCAGGCCGUGAAGAAGAAGUUCCGGGAGUUUAUCAGGGAGUUCCACCAGGGCAACUUCAACUACAAAUACAGGGACGCCCUGAAGCGUCAGUACAACCUGCAACAGUUUUACCUUGAAGUCAGCGUUGAGGACGUGGCAGCCUUUGACGAUGCCUUGGCGGAGAAGCUCAAGAAGGCACCCGCGGAGCACAUCCCACUGCUUGAGAGCGCUGCCACUGAAAUCGUGGAUGAGCUCACCGCACCACGGCCCGAGGGGGAGGAGAAGGUGGAGCCCAUUCAGAUCUUGCUCAGCUAUGGGGCGCAUCCCACUGACGUCCGGAAACUCCAGUCUCAAGAGGUCAGCAGCCUGGUCAAGGUGGCGGGCAUCGUCGUGGCUGCGUCGGGGGUGAAGGCCAAGGCGCAGACCCUAACCAUCCAGUGCCAGAACUGCCGGAACACCGUCUCCGACCUUCCCGUCAAGCCAGGACUGGAGGGCUACCAACUGCCUAGGAGGUGUAACUCUGAACAAGUGGGAACAGAGAAGUGCCCCCUGGAUCCCUUCUUCAUCGUGCCGGACAAGUGUUCCUGCAUGGACUACCAGGUGUUGAAGCUGCAGGAGGUGCCCGAGAACCUGCCCCAAGGAGAGAUGCCACGCCACCUGCAGGUCUAUGUCGACAGGUUUUUGUGCGAGCGUGUCGUGCCCGGGAACCGCGUCAAUGUGCUGGGCAUCUACUCCAUCAAGAAGGCUGGCAAGACAUCGCAAAGAGGUUCCCGUGAGAAGGUCGCCGUGGGUAUCCGAGCCCCGUACCUGAGGGCCAUGGGCAUCCAGGCGGACCAGGAGGGCAGAGGGCACUCCACGGGCAUCACUAUCUCGGCCGUGGAGGAAAAGGAAUUCAAGGAGCUCGCCCAGUCCAAGGAUGUGUACGAGAGAAUCGCACGCAGCAUCGCCCCAAGUAUUUACGGCUUUGAGGACAUAAAGAAGUCCGUCGCCUGCCUUCUGUUUGGCGGGUCACGCAAGCUGCUCCCCGACGGCCUGGCUCGGAGAGGUGACAUCAACCUGCUCUUGUUGGGUGACCCGGGAACAGCCAAGUCCCAGCUGCUGAAGUUUGUGGAGAAGGUCGCCCCCAUCGCUGUCUACACGUCCGGCAAAGGCUCGUCGGCUGCGGGUCUUACAGCGUCAGUCAUCAGGGAUCCAGUGUCUCGCAACUUCAUCAUGGAGGGCGGGGCGAUGGUGCUGGCUGACGGGGGCGUGGUGUGCAUCGACGAGUUUGACAAGAUGCGCGAGGACGACCGAGUGGCCAUCCACGAGGCCAUGGAGCAGCAGACCAUCUCCAUCGCCAAGGCCGGCAUCACCACCACCCUCAACUCCCGCUGCUCCGUCAUGGCCGCUGCAAACUCCGUCUUCGGCCGCUGGGAUGACACAAAGGGCGAGGAGAACAUUGACUUCAUGCCCACCAUCCUCUCGAGAUUUGACAUGAUCUACGUGGUGAAGGAUGAGCAUGACGAGGGGAAAGAUACGACUCUGGCAAAGCACGUGAUGAAUGUCCACCUGAAUGCUUGGCAGACAGCCGAGGAAACGCCCAAGGGUGAACUGUCCCUCAAGUUCUUGAAGAAGUUCAUCAGCUACUGCAGAAGAAACUGCGGCCCAAGACUCACAGAAAACGCUGCCGAGAAACUGAUGAACCGCUACGUCCUGAUGAGGGGAGGCACGCGUGAGGCAGAGAACCAAUCGGACAAGAGGCUGGCCAUCCCCAUCACUGUGAGGCAGCUGGAGGCCGUCAUCCGCAUAUCAGAGUCCAUGGCCAAGAUGCGCCUGGAACCCUUUGGCCUGGAGAGUGAUGUUGAUGAGGCCCUGAGGCUCUUUGGCGUGUCCACCCUCAAUGCAGCCAUGUCCGGCUCCCUUGCUGGAGCUGAAGGCUUCACAACAGAGGACGACAGGGAGAUGCUGUCCCGGAUUGAGAAGCAGCUGAGGAGAAGGUUCCCAGUUGGCUCCCAAGUGAUGGAAAACUCCAUUGUCCAGGACUUUGUGAAGCAGAAAUACCCGGAGCGUGCGGUGUACAAGGUGCUGCACUUCAUGGUGCGGCGUGGGGAGCUGCAGCACCGCCUGCAGCGCAAGAUGCUCUACAGGAUCAAGUGAGGCGCUGCCGAGGGAAGCGUGCCACUUGUAGGCCCAAGAUGUCUCCAAUUACUGAACAUAACUAUUAUAGAGAAUAUAUUUUGUUUUUAACUAUUCCAUAUUGAACCAUGAUGUUUUUUUCUGUAUUGUGAUACAUUUUUUCUUAAAA